CGAAGCAAGGUGGUGUGUCCUGUCAACUCUUUCAGAGUUACCUGAAACUUUAUCAGUUCAAAGAGGAACGGUACAGAGUUCAUCGACAUUGUGUCUUCAAAGUUUCGCACGACAUUGUACCGGUUAAUCACGAUUGGUAAGAGUGCCGGUGAUCGUUUCCCGCUUCUCGAUCGAAUCGAAGAGGUCACGUGAGGGGAUCGCGUUGGUUCGUAAACCGUGUAAAUCGACUUUAAACCGUACCAUCGAUUCGUGAUCGAUGUGCACCUGCGAACGUUUACGUGGGAUGCUGUAAGCCGAAAGGAUCGAAGCGUCUACAUUCGCGUGAAAUAACGAAACAAGAUAAAAGGAGAAAUGUUUCCCGGACGAGGAUUAAUCGUCAUCGCCCUUGGCGUCUGCUGCAUAAUCGCUCUGCUUCAGGUGAUCGAAGCCAGACCUCGCAUCAGGCACCAGAAAGGCGGCACUCAUUGCAGCAGAUGCGGUCCAGGAUGGGGCGUAGUGAACCGUUGUACCCGUGGCCGCGACACGGAUUGCGGAAAAUGCGCACAAGGCACCUACAGCCCUCAUCACAGCACCCAACCCUGUUGGAUCUGCUCGAGGUGCGGUCCAGGACUGUACGAAGCGCAUCCCUGCACCUCGACCACCGACACCGUCUGCGAUUCCUGCCACAGACCAGCUCCGGACAAUCUUGAUUAUCAGAGGAAGUGCAAGGACAGAAGCAGCGUUUUCCUUGCGCCGGAAGACGCACAGGAGACCGGAGAGGAGAGUGUCUUGGUAAACGAUCCCGAUGGCCAAGAUCAAUUGAACGAUGGGGAAGAAGUACUGGAGGAUGAUGCGGAAGCAGAGGCUAUGUCCAAGGAGCUCAGGUCACUGGAAAGGUUUUAAGAUGGAUGAUGAUUCUUCUUCGUUGCUCGAAAGGUUCCUAGAAUUUUACGAGCGAUUCCCUCGAGAUUCUUGGAAGUUUAACCGAGAAGUUGAAGAAUUCAUAGGACAGGACACGAAGGUGGAUCUCUGGAGAUUUCUCCGCUUCGAAUUGGGGAACUAGGAAUUAUCGAGCUCGUGAAAAUUCAUUGAAUUUGAAAGCAAACGUGUCACUGAAUGUUGAAAAUCUUCCUUGGUGUUUAUGGAAAUUGGAUCAUGAACUUCUUUUAGAUUUCAUGAAACUGGUAUUCUACUCCCUUUUCAAUAGUUUGAAAACAAUAGGAUCUAAAGAUCUGUUCCCCUUUUCAAUAAUUAUCUAUGAGGAUCAUAAAUAGGCUGAAUUAUGCAGGCUGUUUUCGAUCUGGUAGUAUAAUGAAAACUUAGAGCGACAUGUUUUCGUUGAAGGUUUUGAAAUCUUUAUAAUUUAAAAAAACCGCUUAAACAAAUGGCGCCAUCUCCUGUUUGGUGCUAAAAAUGAGCUUUCGCCGAUAGAGGCGCUAAAAUUAGAUUGUUAGUUCUUCUCUUCAACGCCAGGCGAUGCUUCAAUAGAAUCGCGCCAGAUUAGAAUGAUUUGAAUUUAAAUCAUUAAUGCUAAUACGCAGCCUCGAUUUACGCUUUUGGUUGGUCCUCGUGUGCUGAGACCUUAGAUUUACAGGGUGUUUAGAGAAAAGAUAGAAUUAUCUAUCAUGUUGGCAAAGAAUUCUGUUUCUUAAACACCCUGUAUUCUGUAUAAUUACUCGUCAACUCUGGUGCUCGUUCUAUCAACGUUCCGUCAAGACUAAUCGUUAAGUUGUUCUAUGCUAAGUUCGAACAAGGAUCGAUAAGCGUCCUUUGAUCCUCGAUUGCUAGUCACUUAGUUGCUAACUAGUCGAUAAGAUGUAAUAUACAAGCAGCAGUAUACUCGCGUGUUUUUCUGUAACUCGACCUCUGUAUUUAUAUAUAUGUAUAUCCAAAGAUCUCUUUGAUGAACUCUGGACACCAAAUUCUUUUUAAAAAUGAAGCAAAGAAACUUUUCUCUCUUUCCAAAGAGAAUUGUGUUUAUCUGAAUGUCUGUGUCCAGAGAUCUCCAUCACUUCUCAUUACUCUCUCUCCCUAGAGAGACGACCCAUGCUUCAGUGUGCUCCUUGACUUCCUGGGUAAUCGGAAAUACUUACAUGGUUCUUAUGUAGACACGUUGCUAAUAAAAAUCAUGUGUAAAUACACUUCUGUAAAUAUAGAAACGAUAACAAUAUGUUUUAGUUGCUGUCUGAAAAUUUUAAUCGUAUUAAGCACGAACAGUUUCGUUAUUUUGCUUUUAAAAAGCUUCUUUCGUCCCUUGUCUAUGGUAUAUAAAUUGAUAAAAGUGAUUAUCCUGUUUUAUAUGUGCAAAAUGUGCCAAGAUACAUUUAAAUAUGAUCUAUGUUCGCACGAACGAUCAUACGCAUGCGCACGCGCAUGCGCGCGACAAGUUUUCCCAUUCCUAUAUAAGUAGCGCGCACGAUAAUCACCAGUACGCCACUUGGCGCGGCGGUGACAACAGGUGUGUCGGUGUCACAGCGUUUUGCUGUGCAAAUCAGGUAAAUGAAGUUUUCAACUCAGGCGUUCACGACGAAUUAACAUGAAUCUGAAUCGAAUACAUAAUCGAGGGCACACUUUGUACGAAGUUAUAUGUAUGUAUGUAUAGUUUAAUAAUAUAAAUCAAUAGCAUUUUACAAACGUACAUGUACGUGGAGGCUAAACGAUACAAACAAUGUUCGCAGAAAAGUCGCAAAAUAAACGUAAUCGUAUAAUAUUUCAAAGCUUUCUUCGCGUAAAGAUUAAAUGUAGAAAUUUCGUUUGUAAACUCUUCUAUUUUUCUGAUCUACAACCGAACGAAAUAUCCUAAUAAACACGCGAACGCCCUCAGUGUUUAUGCUUUGUGCCGCGAAUGUAAAUGUUGGAUUUGUGUGACCUAAACGGAGGCAAACGAGGAACUUACUACGACUUUCGAUGGCUCAGCGAAUUUAUUCAAUAGUUUUGAACACUUUUAUUUUAUUAUCUUCUUUGCUUUGAAUAAGAAAAUAAUGUAAUUAUUAGAAAUUUUAAAGAAGCUUAGACAUUUUAUAACUAUGCAGCAAAUUGUUUUUCAAUAAAUACGAUUAUAGAACGUGUCACAGCCAUAAACGAUCCGCACGGUCCAUAUUCCCAGUCUUACAAUUGUUUGAAUGUAUGUAUAUUCUACGUUAAUAAACAUAGAUUCAAAGAUUAUUUUUUAUUGCAAUUGUAAAUUCUUGAAAAUUUCUUACUAUUCGAAAUACUUUAAAUAUAUCAAAAUUACUUCGCUGAGACAUCGAAUUUUAUUACGAUAUCGGUUAUCAAUAAAAUGAGCGAAGGGCAAUUAAAAAUUAGAAAAAAGAAAAACAAUGAGAUCAACACUGCACAUCCAUACGAAUUGCGACUCUAAAUGAAGUUUGCAAUAAACAAUAAACGUUAGCAACUUCAUAGUUCGUUUGCCAACGAUUGCAAACAUCUCUAACAGAGUUCGCUAGAGUCGUAUUCUUAUUAUUUAGUCGAAUUCCUACAUUUCAAUCUAUACACGGAAAUAAGAAAGCAACGAGACUGACAAAGAUUUUUAUUAGAGCUGUUGAAAUAUUCAAAUUGAAAAAAGUUACCCGCCUAUUCGUGAGGUAGUCGAGGACUGCCAAUUCGGGAGCCAAUCGUCUUUCGGACAUUUCCGAUCAUUCUCGAUGUUAGUCGGAGACGACCGAAAGGACUAUCAACUUUUAAAGUCUGUGCUUCACCUCAUUUACUUGGAUUUCUUUUGAACAAUCAGGUAAUUUUUAUCUAUUUAAUUGAAAUCAAUAGCCCUAAUUUUUAUCGGAAUAAAUCUCUGCAGCAUUGUAACAAAUGCGUUUCAUUUGUAAUGUCACGAUUGCCAUUCAAUCAGGACACCGCGACAUAUAGUCUAACAAUUGUGUGUCGCCAUACACAUUUCUUUCUCGAUAAUUCGUAUUAUAUAUAUUUAUAUUUAUAUGAAUUAUAUAUACUUUAUUUAUAUUUGUAUAUAUGCAUCCGCGCGCGCGUGUAUAUGUAUAUACGAGUCGUUUGAAGGUAAGUCUAAUCGGAUGAACAAAUAUGGUUCACACAUUCGUAGUGAUAAACAUACAGACACGUAUGAAAGUAGUGGAAUUAAUCACGAACCCCAUUUAUCGCUUGGAAACAUAAAUCAUUUCAAUAAAUCCAUGACUGGGCGAUUGUUUCUGAGAGCUUUUGCUCAAUUAUGUUAAUUACACUUAUAUUUUAUUUAUUUCAUUUGUGAAAUGAUCAGUAGUGUAUAAAAGAAUAAUAAAUAUAAAAAUAAUAAAGAACAAUUAUUAUAUAAUAGUAUACUUUCAGCGUGUUCUGUGUCUAAAUAAAGCAUAAAAAAAUAAAUAAUUUGCAAGAAGACAGUAACAUGUUCUUUGAACUGAAAUUUUUAGCACCAAUUUAUAGAGUUAAGAUCCUUAUAACAUACUAUCUUUUAAGCUUUAAAAUUUCACUUACAAAGAACAAGUCGAUAACACUAAAAAUAUUUAAACGAAACAAAAAUAGACAUGCUAAGUUUUCCAUUCAUGCUAUGGUGAAUGAUACACGAUGAAAGGAAUUACGGGGAGGAGGGAAUAAGAAGAAAAGUUUUGAAUAUAAAUUUAUACUAUACGAACAUAAAAAAAACAAAAAAUAUACAUACAUCUCGUGUUCGCAUGAUAAAGAAAUUAUAAAUGAAAGAACUGCAGGAGAGAAAAAAAAUUCAAACGAUAUUACAAAUCGUCGCGCCUACAAGAACUUGAUUCUGUGUCUCUUCUGCAAUGAUUUCUUAUCGGUACAUUUUAAUCAAUGGAUUUCUUAUGUACAAUUCAAUUAGAGAUUUACAAUUUCCACGUAACAGUGUUAUAAUCGUGAAGCGUGAUAUCGUCUUAAGAUGUCGCUCAGAGCUGCUCCUUUUUUUUUUCUCUUCUUCUUUAACACUUACGACGAAACAUAUAUAAUUAAUCUCCAACGCAUUCGUGAACAUCAUCUGUACAAGAUAUACUACUGAAUAUACAUCUCACACAAGACUCGUUAAAGACGAUUAGAAAAAUUCUUCUAAUGAUUUCUUACGUUUUUUUUUUCUUUUCUUUUGCUUGUUUACCUCUCACUGAACUUAAUCGCUCCUCUCGUGCGAGUCAAUGAACAUUAACCAGCCAUGGAUUUUAUACACCAACGUCCGAGGUAAAGAAUAUCCGGGAUCAGAAGGGUAGAAUAAGCGGAAUGGCGGGUAAGGGGUCGGGAACCAGGAGCGAUCAUAUCGAAUCUACUAAUUACAAGAGGAUUUUUGAGCUCCGUUAAAUACAAGGAAAUUCUACGAUAAACAACUAAUAUCAUACAACUACUGUCAUCGUGCCCAAAUCUACUCUCGCUCACGUAACAAUGAUAAUAAUCUCAAAAACGAAAUCGGUACGAA